GUCCUGAUUAAGUAGUGUUAAUUUUUUUUAUAAAGAAGCAUGACAAAUCUGCGUUUUUCAAAAAACAAAAACGGCUUGCCGUCAAGAACCGCACGGCUUGCCGUCAACGUAAUGUUCUCGCCCUGCCCUCUAUCCAAUGGUGAAACAGAUGCGUGACGUGGCACGCCCACUUACAUGGGUCCCUCACGUGGGCCAUACCACCUGUAGUCUGACGUGUACGUCCGGUCCAUGUCUCUAUGAUUGAAGUCUUGAAGAUAUUCCGGACUCCAAGCAUACUUUACACCAGAGAUUUUAGUUUCGAAUUUCAAGUCCGGAGGGCUAUGUAUCUAUUUAUCUAUCUGUAUCCGCGAUAUUAACCGCUCUCGAGGCCCAUUAUCAUUCAUUUGCUCUGCGUUGGGAGCUGUCGUUGUCAUCUCUCUCUCUAUCAACUACGCUCAUCGUUCUCCUUGCCCAAGAUCGUUUUGAAUCGGAACUGAAUUGUAGCCGGAUUAAGCUUUUUUCGGACGGUUGUGAUUGCAAGAAUUUGAAUAAACUUAAUCUAAUUUUCUAUCUAAUCUACGAAUUAAAAUGGCUAUUGGUAAGCAGAACGAAUCUUCGAACGAUCGGGAGAGAGAUGGCGCUGAGGAUUCCAUCGGCGGUCAUCUAGUUGAAGGGACUGAGUCGGUUGGGACUCCGGUGGAAUCAGGACAGAGUUCAGGUGCCAGCCGGGGCCGCCCUAGGCUCGCGGAGAGGCUGGCGGAGAUCUUGGUGAACGACGGCGACGGAGAUCUAUUGGUUCAACCGUGCGAUCAAGGUUACAGUGUUUCGCAGUGGCUCCAGGCUAUGGAUAUGCAGGUGAUGGGCGCAUGCCGUGCUGAUGAGAGGCUGAAGCCUUUGUUGAAGAUGAAUGUGUCUACAGGCGCAGCUGAGGAUUGCUUACUCGCUUAUCUUAGUCAGCACUUUGAACCAGCAGAGGUUGGGAAGCUAGCCAGAUGCUUGUGCAUUCCACUGGUUUCAGUGCGUGUUGGAAAGAUCAAGAAGCAAGGAAAACUGUUGUGUCCUACCUCCAUAAGACGUACCUAACCAUCUCAUGAUGGAUACUGCAUGCUGGAUUCUACCUUAGACCACUGCAUCUUGAAAUGUGACUCUGUUCACAGCUAGGUGGUGCAUAUUGACACAGUCAAGAUACCAUUGAGGUUGGUCUUAUGUGUAAACGUUUGUCUGAUGGAAUGGAGUUGCCCUAAGUGGAUUAUUUGUACUCCUAAGCUGCCAAUUUUUGAUCUGUCAUCCCAAGUUGUGUAUAAUAUGCUGAUAUAAGGGAAACCUAAGUCUCUCUCUUUUACCAACUUCUGACAUGCGGAUCUCAUUCAUCGGGGACGAUGGUAGCACGGAUACACUGGCAACACUUUGCAGCACAUUGGAUUGCUCCACUGUUGAGAUUGAGGGAAUCCCUGCAGACCAGACUGGACGUUCUUUUAAGCUCACAAUCGCAGGUGGUUUGAGUAUGUAUUUCUGGUGUUCAGAGAAGUCUAAGCUUCUUGGGGAUGAAAUGCUAAGAAAGAUGAAGGAUUUACUCGAAACAAAACCAUCUCUUGCCGAGCUUACAGGAGUAUGUGAGUCACGGCUCAAGUGCUUUGCAUUUCAUCUCCGGGCCCACCUCGUUGGGUCAACGUCUCUCACAUUUGAUUCCGCAGUUGAUGAUUCUUCUGUGUCUGACCAGAAGCCUAUCCGGGCCCGUCAUGGAGGUCUGAGUGCCAGGUCAGGUUCCUUCAAGGAGAGCUCACUCAGGAACUCAUUGAGGAGUGUUGCAAGGGAGAAACUCAGGAGGCGUGGAGAUAGUAUUGUCCAGCCUCCUAAGGAGGAGGAGAAGCCAUCUUCAGAACAUGCUACAUUUCAGUUGUUACAUCUGGACCCGCCAUAUAUGACCUCAGGACUCACAAUUCCUUCUUUGGCUUCUCCUUAUUAUUGUUGGUGCCCUCCCGCAUCAGCCUUGCAAUAUUCACUAGGAACUCCACAACUCCCAAUUUUAUCCAGUGAAGCUCUCUCCCUUCCUGUGAUUUCCUCACUGUCACCUGCCCCGUUGAAUUUUUCCAUAGCGUCUUCCCUAGAAGAGUUUCCUCCGCUUCUGCCCGACCCUUUACUUAGAUUGCCAUUGAGUUUGCCAACUUCGCAGCAGAUCCCGACCUUUACUCCCUUAAUGUGUGAUCCUAUAGUCCACAUCCCAUUCAUUGAUGUGUGCACCUCAGGGGGGCAGGGAUAUUUGGUGAGUGCAGGCCCAGGUAUGUCGACUGCCCUCCCACCGUUGAUUCCUGAGGCAGAGUCCAUGGCGGAGAAGAGUGCAAGAGAAACACUCCGUAUGCUCAUCAAUAGCUCCAAUCAAUCGAAUUCAUCUUCGUUGAUGAGUGUUCUGCCUUCUUUUCUGCCUGUUAAGGAAGACAAGGAGCUAACCAUGCUUACUGGCGGCAGUAGGGGUUUGUAUAGUGGAACCGUAGACAUAGGUAUGAGAGAGAUUGGUGGCGGGAAGUUUGUAUUUGGGCAGAUGACCGAGAUGACGUCUGCAACAGGUGGCAUUUGUUUGGAUGAUGAUGAUGAUGAAACUUCAGGAAAUGGGGAGAGAGUGAUACAGGCGCGUGAUAAUAGGUUGUAGAUUUUAAGGUUUUGUUGUUGUUUUUUGGAACUGUACAGUCACCACCUCAUUUCAAUAUUUCAAGUAAUUGUUAUUAUCGCCAAUUAAUUAAUUCA